AUGGCAUUACUUUUAUUAUGCCUACACAAACAGGAUAUUGUAUUGAAUACAGGCCUGAAGUAUGACUGGAACCAAACAGAUGACCAUGUGACCAUCACUGUGAAAUUAGGAGAUGAAGCUGAGUUCAGUGAUCCAGAAUUCUCACAGACUGGAGUCAAGAUGAAGCUUCAAGGAGGUGGCACUUCUGUUGGUGCAGCUAUACCAAGCAGAGCAAUCCUGUGUUUGCAUUUCCCAGGUGUUGAGGCUGACAUUGGUGAUGACCACAAUCAGGCAGCUGGCUCAAUGGACAAUGUCAUGACCGAUAAUGUUCUAGAACAGUUGGUCAGUAACGAGAAUGACAACAGCUGGAAUGACUCGGGCACUGAAAUGUAUCCCUUAGAGUCCUGUUACCAGUUGCAGCACACAAAACAUGACUGGAUAGAAAAGAAUGAGACAUUUAUAAUCCACAUCUAUGUACGCAAGACCAUCGUAGAUGGUGUGAAGGUUUUCUUCAACCAGCGACUUGUUACUGUCCGCUUCCAGACUAGUGAUCCAAAAUUCCUCGACCUCCACCAAGGAACCACAGAAUCAACAGUGUUCUGUUGGAAAAUUAAUGUGAAACACGAGAUCCUACCUUUGGCGUGCAAGUACCGUGUUACUGGUUCUCUCAUUGAAGUGACACUCAGCAAGAAAGAGCCCCUGAAAUGGGGGGCCCUUGAAGUUCCCCUGCAAAAAAGAAAUAUUAUUGGGAACCGGUCAUCUGAGUGGCUGUCAGCCGCCAAAGACAGGCCAGUGCCUCACACCCAGCAGACUGGCAAUAGCAACAGCACUGCAGCCACAGUGGUCACUACGGCAACUGGCACAACAUUCAGCACUUCUAGAGGCACUAUGAGCACUGCAAACUAUUCCAGCAGCAGCAGCUCUGCCACCAUCACGGGAUACCCACCACCUCCACCACCACCCCCUGCCCCACCUCUGCCCGCCCUGCCCACUGCUGCGGCUCCAGCAAUGUCUCCCAUUUCACAUUAUGGCACCUCCUCCACUGCUGUCGACUCUUCGCAGCGAGGCGGAAGUAGUGAUGGAAUGCCACUGGAUGAGCUGCAAGAACUAGCUGCUACUCCUGGUACUAUUGGAGACCGGCGUGACAUGCCAACUUGUGACAACUUCUCACCAUCUAAUCCCUGUAGCAAGCCAACUCUACCAAUGGUGAACCAGUUAAAACUGUUUCUUUCUCUGUCUGUCUCAUCUAUCUCUUUUUCUAUCACUGUCUUUUUCUCUAAUCCAGAUGGCAGUUUCCAGAAGGAGAUAAACACCGAAAACCUGUUGGGCUCAGGCGGCCAGUUGGCUUCAGCAUUUGCUGUCUUGUUGAGAUGUCUGUGGAGUGGUAAAUACACAUCAUACCAACCCUCAAAGUUAAAGAACCUUGUUGCGAUGAAGGCCAGCGUUUUUACAGGGUUUGCACAACAUGACGCACAAGAGUUCAUGGCCUUUCUAUUGGAUAUGUUACAUGAGGACCUCAACAGAGUCAAGAACAAACCUUACAUUCAGACUGUUGACUCAGAUGGCCGACCAGAUGAGAUUGUUGCAAAUGAAGCUUGGGAUGUUUACAAGAAAAGAGAUGAUUCAUUCAUUGUGGACCUGUUCCAAGGUCAGUACAAGUCCAAACUGGUGUGUCCAGUUUGCGAAAAGGUGUCCAUUACUUUUGAUCCUUUCUGUUACCUGUCCAUACCACUGCCAAAAAAGCAGAGACUAAUUACUGUGGUGUUUUUCUGGAAGGAACCAUACAGAAAACCUGUGCAGUAUAAGCUGCGACUGACGAAAGAUGCCACAGUUGAACUACUCAAAGACAAGCUGUCAAAGAAAACUAGUGUCAAAGCUCGAAAUAUUCGUGUGUUUGAAUCCAAAAGAAGCAAGAUACACAAAAUCUAUGGACGUGGCACUUUGUUGAGCAGUGACUACAGCACUGAGAGGCUUAUAGCAUCAGAAGUUCUGUCACAAGAGAUGGCAGGUGAACCAGUUUAUGAAAUAUACAUCAUCCAGGUAAAUGUCUUCACUCCCACUCACACUCCUCAACCAGCCAACACAUACUAUUUAAUAUUUUUUGGGGGCCUGCAAUCAGCUAUAUUAUUGAUUCUGGAGUGCCAGAGGGCCCACUGGGAGAUCCACAAGGAAUCCUGCAAGUGUAAUCCCAUUGGAUGUCCAUUUCUCAUCUCGCUACCAAAAUCUCGGGCAACAUUCUCCAGACUGCGGAAACUGUUGGAGGCAUAUUCCAGAUAUUCUGUGAAUGUUUUUCAGCCACCAGUCAAGGCCGAAGUGUCAUCGUCGUCUUCAGUAGCAGCAGCAGCAGCAUCUAUGGCAGCUGCAACGACAACCAUUCUCACUACUUCCAACACCACCACUACCACCAAGCUGCCAUCAUCCAUCACCACUGGCUGCUCCAUGUCGGGGCUCAGUUCAAGCAGCCAGUCUUCUGGGAGUCUCAGCAGUCUGGACAGCCAAGCUUCCUACAGUAGUGCCUGUACGCUGACUGCUGACCCAGAGACCAACAUGGCCGAUGUCCAUGAUGACGACGAUGAUGAUGGUGAUGCUAAUGAUGGCAAUAAUGGAGGUGAUGACGGUCAUGUAGGUGAUGCCAUGACUUCCACAACCACCACCACUGGCUCUGGCCUCUAUCGGAACGAAGGGGAAGAGGAAGCUGAUGAAGAUGAUAUCUGUUCUGGUGGUGGCGAUGGUAGGAGAAAGCGGAGCAACACCACUGGUUCUGUAAUGUCUUCAGAACGACUGCGGGCUGGGCUACCAGCACGCUUCUCCCCAAUACCCACCCCACCGUCAAAUUCUUCUGUGACCCCACCCCACACCUCUCUUGGCAAGUGUGCCCCGCUGCCGACUGUACCGUCAUCUUUGUUGACGGCAGCAAAUUCGACGCCUCCCUUGCCACCCCCACCUCCCCCUCUACCUCCUGCUGCUGUCAGCCCAACUAUGCCAGCACUGACGCCCUCUGGCGACCCUUCCCCACUCCCAUUAAUGCCAUUCAGCCGGACGGAGGCAGACACGAUGCUAGAUGUAGAACAGUGGCAGAGGACAUCGCUGCUCUCUUCUUCUUCCUCCUCCCCUUCCUUGCCUUCCACCUCCCCUCCUGCACCCUGCCUCCCCUCCUCCUCCUCUUCUACCACCAACAACACUGCCACCGCUAUCAGCCCUGCUCACCAAUCCCCAGCUACAACCCCAACAGGCGCCACCUCGGCCGGUGGCGGGGAUGCAUCAUUGUUGCUCUCUGACCGCAUGCACCUCAGCCGCACCCAGUUGCCCACUUCAGCCGUGCUUGGACUGCAGAACGAGGAGACCCCACUCGACCAGGGACCAGCCCUCUUCUUUGUCAAGCCCGUCUGUCAAGAUGGUAGUGAGAUCAAUGGUUACAAUGGCAUGAAGCUGGAAGACAGAGGUGACGAAGCACUUGAUUUGAAGAACAAGAAGUUUUUGGCAAUGGAUUGGCAGAACAACGACCGACAGCCACGUUUUGUGUUGGUCCAGUCCAAGGAAUUGGAAUGUGAUGAUGAUGAAACUGUUCAGCUGGAGUCAUUGGAUGAUACUGGUGAUAUUUCACUCGAUCAUUGUCUGAAUCUCUUCACUGAACCUGAAGUCCUCAGCCAAGAAGAGGCUUGGUACUGUCCCCAGUGUGCAGAACACCGAGAGGCCACUAAACAGAUGUCUAUAUGGCGUCUACCCCGAAUGUUAAUCAUACAGCUGAAGCGGUUUUCAUAUGGUCAUCUCAGCUGGAGGGACAAAGUGGAUAAAAUGGUACACUUCCCCACCCGGGGCCUUGAUAUGUCCUGUUACUUCAUAGGGAACCGUCCAGACAGCCAGACGUCCACCAUCUAUGAUCUCUAUGGAGUCAUUAACCACACUGGUGGACUUCUGGGAGGUCACUAUACAGCCUAUGUUCGGUGUGCUGACAAGUUCACACCCUACAAGAAUGAAGUUGAUUGGCGCUUCUGUGAUGACAGUCAUGUAGUACCUGUGGUGGAGAAAAAUGUUGUCACCCGACUGGCCUAUCUCCUCUUCUAUAGACGCCACGAUGCACCUCCAAUGUCUGAGUCAGAACUGACCGGCAUCAUGUCAGAUGCUGUCAGCAGCGCUGCCAGUGGCGUCAUUGGUGGGUGCCCCGUGAACAAGACCAAUGCUACAUCAUCGACCGCACUGACAACUGUGACCAACACCAAGACAGUGCCUGAAGGCCAGUACUCGGCCAUGAAGACAGAGGACAUGCCUGAAUUACAACUCAGCGCUGAUGUAUCUGAAAGGAAACUCGCUGUUGGCAAUGCUGCCUUGAACUGGAGUCACUCAGCUACCAGUGAUGUCAUCGUUGAUGACGACAGUUUUCCCCCUCCCUUGGACAAUCGGUACAGCUGCACCAGCCUUCCUUACACUGACAUGGAUGCAGUCGACUAAGCAGGGAAUGUUGGACAUAGUGCCCCAGAGAGGGAGAAAAGCUGUUGGUCUGCGUUCAGUUGUAAAAUUUUCACAGAUUAGGCAGUGUUUUAACACUUUUGUGUAUAUAAAUAUAUACACUCAUCACACACAAUAUAUAUAAACACACACAUGUAGUACCUGUCUGAUACAUUGGUAUGUGUGUGUGUGUGUGUGUACGUGUAUACAUAGAUACACAUGCACAGAUAUAUACACAUACAUAUAUAAAAAUACCCAAGCUAACAAAUGCAUACACCUCCCCUUAAAUAUAUGCAAUAAUAUAUGUACACCACACAUACAUACACAUGUACCUAUACACACACAUACAUUAAUUUACAUUUUACACAGUUUUAUACCCUUACCACAUGACAACACGCAAAAAUAUACACCCACCAACCAAUAUGCAUACAUGUACAUAACCCCUCCCUACCAUCAUUUCUCUGAAUUUUCUUUUAAAAAAACAUAUUAAAAAAGAAGACAAAGAAGAAACUUUUCUACACUUUUUUGUGUUUUUCAUAUUCAUGUUGUUUUUAUUAUUGUUGAUGUUUAUGUCUGUGUAUAUGUGCCUCUGUGUGUGUGUGUGUGUAUAUGUAAUGUAUGUGUGCAUAUAUGUAUGUAUGUAUGUAUGUAUGUAUGUAUGUAUUACUAUAUGUAUAUAUGUGCAUGUCUCUCUCUCUCUCUCUCUCUCUCUGUAUAUAUAUAUAUAUAUAUAUAUAUAUAUUCAGAUCUGCAAAAGACGAAAGACAAAAACAGGUGAGGGAGCAAGCAAUAUAUAUGUACGCCUAUAUAUGCGUGUGUGUAUGUAUGCCUAUAUAUAUAUAUAUAUAUAUAUAUAUAUACAUACUUACAUACAGGGUGGGUGAAAAGUAAGUAGGCAUUAAAAAUUGGUAAUAAAAUCCAUAUUCCUUUUCCAAAUUUAUUGAAACCAAUGAUACAUGUUCUUUAUUACAUGGGAAAAUGAAAGUAAAUCUUCAUAUUUCAACAUAAGCACCAGUGGUGUGAAUCAGUUUCCUCAAACAACCAGGGAUGGAAUGAACAACCUUCUGGAGGAUGUUGUCUGGGAUUUCAUUGAGUACCUCCUGAAUCCGUGUCUCCAAGUCCUCAAAUGUGUGAGGUUGUCUUGUACACCUCCUCUUUUGUGUAACCCCACAGGUAAAAAUUACAUGGGGUGAGAUCUGGACUUCUGAACUUCUGAGGUCACAGUCUUCACAGUCUGCAUGUAAUGGAGUUUCCAUGGACAGAUUCAAUUUUUUAUGCAACACCGUAUGUAUUGUAUGUCUUGUUAGUUCACUUUCAUGAGCUGCUUCACAUGUUGAUUUUUUCAGGCUGUGAUUAAACAUAUCCUGCACUGUUGCCACAUUCUCCGCUGAUCAGGAUGUGGUUGGAUGGCUACUUCUUCUUGCAUCAUUCACAGAGCCUGUGGUCAUCAGCUUUGCGUGACAUCUUUUUAUUUUCUCCAGACGUAGUGUUGCAGGCUUACCUUUCCAUGCACGCCACCAUCUCUGAACCAAAACAAUGGAAUUCCACACUUCAUAGCAUGCUGCUAUCUUAGCUCACUCCUCAACAGUCAAGUGACUGGCCAUCUGGAAAAUAAGAAACUAGAAGAUAAGAAAUCCCCAUUAGUGUUGCUUGUUUAGAAAAUGUUUUCGUCAUGACUUCAAUGAUACUAAAAAUUCUAUAAGCAAUUUCUAAUGCCUAGUUACUGUCCAUGCACCCUGUGUGUGUGUGUGUGUGUGUGUGUAGUGGGUGUUUAAGUUAGUUUUAGAAUUUAGAAACUUUGAGAGAACAUGAAAUAAUUCGUUUGUAACUGCAGAACUCAAAGUUGAAAAGCCCGUUGGAUAAAAAACAACAAUUGAAGGCUGCCCAUGAUGUUUGAAACUGCAUAUACUGUGAACUUCUUUAUAGAAGUUGUGGUCAGCCUUUGAUUUGUCUUCGCAUUUUGAGUUCAAAAUUCACUGUGGUUGAUUUUGCCAUUGUUCCUCUCGGGGUCAAUAAAAUAAGUAUCAGUUGAUUACUGGGGUCGAUGUAAUCAACUUUCCCAUUCCCCCAAAAACUGCUGGUCCUGUCCCAAAAAUUGAAACCAUUAUUUUAAGCACUUCGAUUAUUAUUAUUAUUGAUGAUGAUGAUGAUGGCGGCAAGCUAGCAGAAUUCAUUAGUGCCCCGGGUGAAAUGCAUAGCAGUAUUUUGUCUGCUGCUACAUUCUGAAUUCAAAUUCCGUCAAGGUGAACUUUCGCAGUGGAACACUGGGGUCGAACUUAUCAACUAUCCCUCUCCCUCAAAUUUCACUAGAAAGGAUUAUUAUUAUUUCCCUCCCCCAAAAUGGCUGCUCUUGUGGCAAAAUUUAAGAUCAUUAUUAUUAAGGCGGUGAGCUGUCAGAAUUGUUAGCAUGCCUGGCAAAAUGUGUGGUGGCAUUUUGUCAGGUCGACUUUGCCUUUCAUUCUUUUGGGAUCAAUAAAAUAAGUACCAAUUGAGUACUGGGGUCGAUGUGAUCGACUAUGCCCCUCCCCUUAAAUUCCAAGCCUUGUGUCUAUUGUAGAAAGGAUUAUUGUUAUUAUUUAUACCUUUAAAAACUUCAAGUUCUCCAGCUGAAAACCAAUUACACAUGUGUGUGUCUACAUGUAUGUAUAUAUAAUGUAUGUGUAUAUAUGUGUGUGUAUAUAUAUGUUUGUGUAUAUUUAUGUGUACACACUCGCGUAUAUUGUAUUCAUGGUAUGUGACUUUUACAAGUAAACACAUUGAGCCCUGUAUGUCUAGAUAUAUAUUUGCCAUGUUGAACCAUUGAACACUACACUUUUUUUUCCUCCUUCUCUCUGUAUUUAUUCUCUCUUAUUCCUUUCUGUUGAAGAGCGUAGGCUUGAAACAUUAAAGACUUUGCCAUUAGCUUGACUUUGUGUCAAACUAAUACAUUUGCUUGUUCUUCCUACACCUGUCUUCAUCUUUUAUUUUUCUAUAAAUUUGAAUUAUAUAUGUAUGUUUGUGUGUGUAUAUUUGUUUACACAUUCACGUAUGUUGUAUUCAUGGUAUGUGACAUAUACAAGUAUACAGAGCAAACCCUGUCUAUCUUUUGGUUUCUUUAGUUUUAUCUAUGAACUACUAAGGCCACGCUGGAGCACUGCCUUUAAAACUGCCUCUCUUUUCAUGUAUGUGCAUGUUUGUGUUUAUAUCUAUAUCUUUCUCUCACAUUCUCUUUCUCAUAUAUAUAUAUAUAUAUAUAUAUAUAUAUAUAUAUACACACAUAUAGAUAUAAGAAUGAUAAUAUUUCUAAAAAUUAUUUUGUUGGUGGCCACGAGCGUACAGCCAUACAGACAAAUUAAUAAAAUAUAUAUAACACACACACACACACAUAUAUAUAUAUAUACAUAUAUAUGUAUAUAUAUACUAGGGUACUGCAUAAGCACCUGCCUUGCUAAAAAUAGAAGUCAAAAUACUUCGAAGCCACAGAAAAAUCACAAAAUACAGGAAUGAUAGGAAGGAAUUCCGAUGAACAAGAAUAACAUCCAACCUCUGCCAAGGAUACAAGAGGAAUGUUGGUUAAUUUGAUAUCAUGAUUUCGAAUUUAGAGCCAAAGGUAUCUGAAUCUCCUCACUCAAAUUUGCCACAGAUGGCUACUAGAAUUUGCCUCUACCAUGCUUGUAAAUUCAUUUGAGUGGUCAAACACCAUUGAAACAAAUGAAUUGUGUGAAAUUAUUUAUAUAUAAAUAUAAGAACAAUAAUAUUUCUAAAAAUAAUAUUGUUAGUGGCCACAAGCGUACAGCCAUAUAGGCAAACUAUUAAUUUAUUAAAUUAUUAAUAAAAUAUUAUCAUUCUUAUAUUUAUUUAUAAAUAAUUUCACAGUGUUUGACCACUCAAAUGAAUUUACAGGCAUAGUAGGGUAAAAUUCUAGUAGCCAUCCCUAGCAGAUUUGAUAGGAGAUUCAGGCACCUUUGGUGCUAAAUUUGAAAUCAUAUCAUCAAAAUACACAGCAUUCCUCUUGCAUCUUUGGCAGAGGUAGAAUGCUAUUCUUGUUCACUGGAAUUUUUUCCUAUCAUGCCUGUAUUAAUUUUGUGAUUCUUCUGUGGCUUAGAAGUAUUUUGACUUCUAUUUUUAGCAAGGCAGGUGCUUAUGUAGUACCCUAGUGUAUAUAUAUAUAUAUAUAUAUUGGUUAGUUCUUCACUCUCUGUCUCUGCUUUUUUUUCUCUCUCUCCUUUGUCUUCUUUCUCUCUCUCUCUUCCCUCUAUUUAUUUAUCCCUCUCCAUCAAAUCUGUUGAGGACAUGACCCCUUCAGCCCUUUCCAUGAUAUUCAGUGCACCUUAUCAUCACGUUAUUGUUUAUGUCUGCAAAACAACAAACAUUAGAACAUUAUUAUUAUUAAUACUUUUCUGGUUUAAAAUAAAGUUGAAUUAGUUAAA